CCAUCGUCAUCGUUUCCUUCUUUGUCUCCCACCCCCUCACGUACCUUCAUUUGCACAGCGCCGGCCCCUUAUCGGCCUGGGACGCCGUUCUCGAGCCAGCCUGCACUGCAACGUUCCAGUCGCAUCGUCGACACGUCGGGCCCAUCAAUCCCUCGCAUCUGCUCGAGCCCUCUACAACCCCUUUACUAUUCCUUUGACAUUCACACGCAUCUUGGAUGCCCAUAGCCCUCCUUCUCGAAGGCCCAGGAACAACAUCAGAAGGCCCAGGAGCAACAUCAGAAUGCCGUCGCUCUGCAGUAUCGGAGGAUCGAAAACAGUCCAGCGCAAGCUGGUGCUUCUGGGAGAUGGUGCUUGCGGCAAGACAUCACUACUGAACGUCUUCACGAGAGGAUACUUCCCGACAGUCUACGAGCCUACGGUCUUCGAGAACUACGUUCACGACAUAUUUGUGGAUAGUGUGCACAUAGAGCUGUCAUUGUGGGAUACUGCCGGCCAGGAGGAGUUCGACCGUCUACGAAGCCUUUCCUACGACAAUACGGACGUGGUCGUGCUAUGCUUUAGCGUGGAUAGCAAAGAUUCCUUGGAGAACGUGGAGAGCAAAUGGGUGGGUGAGAUCCAGGAGAACUGCCCGGGUGUCAAGCUAGUCUUGGUUGCCUUGAAGUGCGAUCUACGGGAGAACGGCGAGGGCGACGGCGACGAAGAAGAAGAAGCGGGUGCCGCCAGACCGGAAGGUACUCCACGAGAAAAGAAGCCCAUGAUCGACUACAACCAGGGCCUAGAUGUCGCGCGGCGCAUCAAGGCCAUGCGAUAUCUCGAAUGCUCCGCCAUGAGGAAUCGAGGCGUAAACGAGGCCUUUACCGAGGCUGCCCGGGUGGCCCUCAGCGUCAAGUCGAAUGGCGAGAAGGACUCUAAGUGUGUUGUCAUGUGAGAUCACUAUGCAUCGGAGCCUCCAGCUCGUGAUGAAAUUUCUUCUACCGGCCGCGGACAAGCGUAGGAGUUUGGGAUCACGACAGCAUUCUCCCCUUCCCUCCCCCCCCCCCUUUUUUUGAAGCUUCAGGAAUGGUGGCAAUAUAUCAGCCAUCGCUAUAAUUCGGAGAGCGCAGUCUGAUCGUGCUAGGUGAAAAUCUGACCUUAUGCUGUUUCUCGACCCCAUCCACCCUUUCAUCCCUUCCUUGUACAUAUACCUAUUUGUUUCCCUUCUACGCAUAUACACCGGC